GACUAUAUAUAGCUGUUGGAUUAAUAAAGCUAGGGUUUUUAUUCUUUUUCUUUUGGGCUAACAACACAAUUACUGGAUCUCGAGGAGUAAACGAGCAAGAGGGAUUUUAACUCUGUAUUGGAUUUUCUUCUAAAACCCUUAGGUAGUUCGAGUACUUGUGCAAACCCCAAUUUCACCAUUUUGUUCCAAUGGCUUCCAACGAUACUGCGUCUUCAUUGGAAAAGGAACAGAUCUUUAGUAUGGCAGAGAAAGAAAUGGAAUACAGAGUGGAGUUAUUUAACAAGCUUACACACACGUGUUUUAACAAAUGUGUCGAGAAAAAGUACAAGGAAUCAGAGCUAAAUAUGGGUGAAAACAGUUGCAUUGAUCGUUGUGUCUCAAAAUAUUGGCAUGUGACUAAUUUAGUUGGCCAGCUGCUUGGUUCAGGUCGACCGGGAAUGUGAAAAACUUGUCUACUCUGAUUUUUGUUCGUAGAUACAAGCCUUGAGUUGGUGCCUGAUGACAGUGAAAAUUGUGAUUGCUCACUGUAGUGGUUUAUUUAUUUUAAUGUAUAAGAACUGGUGGCAGUUUUUAACUUUUGCUGCCAUUUUACAGCUUAUCAUUUAUUAUGAAGAAUUUUCCUUCCAUAAAUCACCACUUUAGCCAUAAACAUUGCUCAGAUGAUUUGAGAAGAAUUGGUGGCAGUUUCUAUUCUAGUUUGUUACUUUAAUAAUAUAAUUGAAUUAUUUUGAUUAGAA